UUGUGAUAACGUUUUCGGACGCCAACGCCACGCUCUUUUUUUAGUUUUACUCACGUUUCUGAAUUUUGUACGGUGGGACAUUUCAGUUUCCGGUCUUACAUCGUAACACAAGACAGGAACCAUGGACAAGCCAGUAGUGUUAUCGCGCGUCUUGAAGGUUUUGGGCCGUACUGGUUCCCAGGGCCAAUGUACCCAAGUCAAAGUAGAAUUCAUCGGCGAGCAAAACCGUCAAAUCAUCAGGAACGUCAAAGGACCCGUGCGCGAGGGUGAUAUUCUCACACUGCUCGAGUCUGAGAGAGAAGCUAGAAGGCUUCGAUAGGAUUAUCCUGUAGGUAUCCAAGACAUAUACAGCCAUAAACGGRUUUUUAUUAUUUCAAUAUUUAUAAUUGUCUAUGGUGUUUAGUGAUUGUAUCCAAAUAUAGUCGCGUUAUUCAAUGCAUUAAAUUUA